AUGAAAGGAAACUUUGCACGUUUGGUUUUCAUGACCUACUGGUCACUUGCACGUCCGUUGAGUACUUCCAUUUUUUGCAACUAUGGGGAAUAUUUUAAAAAUGGCAAAUGCUACCCGUGUGAAGAGGAUACCUACUCAAGUUACAGAAAUUCUGAAAGCUGUUUUCGUUGUCCCCCUGGUAGCUUCAACAAUAAGAAGUCUUCAAAAUAUAUUUAUGACUGUUCAUGUGAUGGAGACUUUUAUUUAAAUUAUGUUGGGAAUCGAUGUGACAUGUGCUCCGACUUAGGCAACCGUUUUUAUUGCAAAAGGGAUUUAACGGAACUGUACGUAGACAAUUUGGACGCCUUUUUUAAACACAAGGAUGAAAUUACUUUUAACUAUUUCGAUAGGUGUGUUGUGAAAGAAAAUAAAAUGAAUAUGUAUCCCUUUAUGAAUAAUUUGUAUCUAUUUUGUAAAAGUCCGAAUGUCUGCUUGGAUACCUGUGGGAGAUGUUCAGAAAAUAAUGAAGGAUUUAUGUGUAAUAAUUGUGUGCAGAAUUAUGACAAAAAUAUUUUUUUAAAGUAUGCCACCUGUAGGAAGUGCUUCCACGUUAUAUUUGUCGUCCUCCAGAUGGUAGUUUAUCUUAUCCUGUCAUUUGCCUUUUUUUUAGUUCUAUUUAAAUGCAUAAAUGUAAGUCUUUAUUUUUAUCAAGUUGAUGUGUACAAAAAGGGGACUAUAUAUUUCCUGCACUACUUUCGCGAAUUCAUAUUUUAUUUAUCCCUCAUUCUGUUGAUAAGUUUUUCAAACGAUUUGACAGAAACGGAGGGGGAGAAUUAUACCUUCUAUGGGGAAGGGGAGCCAAAAGAGCAACGUCCGCACCUACACAGCGGAGAUGCGAACCUUCACUAUCUUCUGAACAUUUAUGUGCACAACGCCUUCUUUGAUAUGAUUAAAAUUGUUCAUUUGAAUUUUCUUCAUUUUGUUAAAUUGAGCUGUCUCCACGUGAGAUCAAAUCGCUCGAAGAUAUACUCCAUACAAAUUGUCGUCCUAGUUGGAGGGAUACUUAUUUUUAUCUGCUUCACUUUAGUGUGCAAUUUGAUUUUUUUGUAUUUGCGAAAUGGGGGACUCAACAUGAUGGCGGACGGCAUGGGGGAGGGAGAAGCUAAUUGGGUGAGUAAAGACCAGGUGAAGUGUUGUAAAAAGAACAUAGCGAGGAAGUUCGUGGACACCUAUUUGUACCCCUUAUUUUUGCAUAAUUUCAUUUUUCAAAAUUAUGUUCACAUGACAUUUUUUUACGAUCACGAUGUUGUACAAUUUUUCAAGAGAUCCAUUAGAAUAUGUUAUUAUCAAUACAUGCACAUUUUUUUAUACGUGGCUAAUGCGAUGGUUAUGUUCAUUUUUCUCUCCUCCUACAUGUGCAUUGGCCUCUUUAACUAUAAGAGGUCGUAUUACGACACCGCGACUGUAUGCUACGACGACUUGCAUUUGAGGGCCUCUAAAUUUAUGAAUGUACCAGUGGUUCUGUUUGGCUGCUUUGGGUACUACGUGAUCCUUUUUGUGUUUAUCUAUUCCAAACCUGCAGAAAUGAAGCGAAAUUAUCCGUAUAGAUAUGUUUACGGAUUGCACACCUUUUUAUGUAAACAGGAAAAGUAUUACUACUAUAUUGUUAAAAAUUUGUUCAUUAACAUUUUGUUUUUGUUUGCGAUCCACAUGGAUGAUCACUUGAGUUGUCUCAUUUGCUUCUCCUUCGCGCUACUUUUCUUCAUUUCCUUUUCUAUGUUCGUCAAGCCGUACAUCGAGACAGGACAGUAUAACAUCAAAUGGGAGAGCUUCUUUUUUAUGUUUUUAUUUUUUUUUAACAUACAACUGGAGCAGAUACGAUUAGUGACAUACCACAUAUGGCUGAGAAUAAUCCUAUCCUUUGCUACUCUUUUUAUAUACACUUUUAUAUUGCUUUAUUUUUUAUAUUUCAUGUUGAAGGAUCUGUACGUAUAUUUUGGCUUCUACCUCAUGUACGUGAAUACAAAGGAUGAAGGGGUAGCGAAAAAUGCAAAUGCAAGCCCUUCAACCCAUCCAUCGAUGGGUCAGUUUUAUUUCUUUUACUAUUUGAAAAACUACAUGGGGGAGGAUCUUUACCUUGCAGAUGGAGAUCAGAGUAGAAUGCAGACGGGGGACGCCGACUCUAUGGCCUUGGACAACUACCAUGUUGAGAAGUGCCACGAAGUUGUGCCUCCCAAAGACAUGGACUACAUUUCUCACCAGUGUGUGCUGAUAUCCCCAUUCAUUGCCGAAACGGUUGUUCAAUUAUUAUUCAUAACGAAAAAUAUAAAUCACAUAAUCCUCUUAAGGAGGAACGACUCGAAUGUCAAAAUAUACAACUGCCUGUUUGAGAAUGGCUACGUAGAAAUUCAGAAAACACCUAUUGACAGGUUUGUCGUCGUGGCGGAGCAUAUUUACAAUAACCUAUUCCACCAAAAUUAUAUUCCCUUUAGGACAGAAAUGACGCGUCUCUUCACUGAUUUAGUGCGAGAACUCAGAUGCUUUAAACACGCAUAUAUUCGAGAGUGCGUUGCCAAGCGAAUCAAAGAAAAAUACAAAAUAGGCGAAAUUAACACACAAAAAAUUGUGUAUGAUGAAAAUUAUGAACAAAAACAUAUUAGUACAUUUCUGUACAGACUCCGCGGGUCUGACCAAAAUGUGGACGCAAGACAUCAAAUGUUUUCGCAGCUAUUCCCGGGUAAGGAAUAA